AUGACAGCAAAUCAUAAUUGGCACUUCAAACUGGAGACCAAUCCUAAAUCUUCAUCAUCUAGGAUUUUAUGCAGAGCCAGUCCUAAUUAUACAAGGAGUGUAGUACCGCUGGAGUUAUUUGAACUUUACUUUGAGAUAGAUGAGAGGUUCGCUGUCAGUACUACACAGGAGAUGAUAAAAAUGAUGUUCCACAUUGAGUACAACACCACAAACGUCAUUACCACCAACACCAUAAAAAACCAGAUCACUCUCAAGAUACCAUUCAACUCUGACCCUAUCUAUUACAUUGUUCCUGUCAUCAAGACUACGGAGAUGAUUAACACGGCCCUACUCUCCGGCUCGCCAACUCAUUACCCACUGCAGAUAUAUGCUGUUGAAUACUCUGGAAAGGUUUAUGACAUCACUUCCAAGUCGACAUGCGAGUCUGCUGAUAACUCUGUUGCCUUGAUCGCAGAGUCUCCAGCAGGGAUGCGCACAGUGCUGCUAACGGACAAGAUGUCAAGUGGCUCGGAGUCUCUCAACAUAACGUGCAAGUAUGACCGCCAUAUUAAAUUGAUCAAGGUCAAGGUCUGGGUCCCUCAGUUCCCCGUCGAGAUCAAGUUAUCAGACUAUAAAUUAGGCUCCAUUGCUAGCUGGAAGAUAAACCAUGACAACAACAACAACAAUAAUAAUAAUAAUUAUAUUAUUAAUAAUUUUGAUAAAUUAAACAACAAUAAAAACGGUAAUAAUAAUAAUAAUAAUAGUAAUAAUAAUAACAACAAUAGAAAUAAGACAAUUAGUGUCUUGAGUUUGUGGAAUGUGAACAAUGUCACUGUUAAUGCAUACAAUUCUACAACAUCAUCUGCUGAUUCGUUGACAUCAUCAACGACGUCAUCAUCGUCUUCGUCCUGCCAGCCGAAAUUCCAGUCAUCAAUAGUUGAGGUUUACUGUCAUUUUAUAGCCAUAACUCCUCCCACUUCCCUAAAAAACAGCAACACUCAUCGACUGUACCCUCGAAAUGUUUUCCAGACCGCAUCUGACAGUAACAAUCUUAACAACAGUAGCAGUAGUGGUAGUAGAAGUAAUAAUAGUAAUGAUAACGAUGAUAACAAUGAUGGUGAUGAGGAUGAUGAUAAUGUUAAUAUAAUCAUUGGCAAUGGAGAUGAUGAUAAUGGUGUUAGUGGCACUGAUAAUCUGAGUAGUAGUAGUGGUAGUAGUAGUAGUAAUAAUAAUAAUAAUAAUAUUAUAAUUCAAGUAAAUAAGCUACCCAUGUUCCGAGUUACUCAUCUGGUAGCAGAUAAAUUGAAAUUAUUAAAUUCCUCCAUCGCUCGGUUAGUGAAAUAUGGUGAAUCCGUCGUACUUGAAGGAUUGAAGCCUGGAAAAACUGAAAUCCAGUUACAAACGGGUAAUGGUCGAUUGCUUGGCCUGAAAGCAUUUCGAGUCACAAUGGAGAAGGUAGGCAUUGUGAAGUUGGCUGCAAACCUGGUCACUGACAUCAAAGUCGAUGUGGAAGAUUUUGAUUCGAUAAAUGAUCAGGUAGGGCUACCUCUGGCGAGGGUCACUUACUCCAACACCUUUGACCUCUAUACUCUAAGUAAGAUAUUCAACGACGAUGAUGACGACGACGACGAUGAUGAUGAUCUUGACGGCGACGAUGACGAAGAUGAUUACGUCAGUGAUGACGUGGGUGUAGAUGGCAAAAAUGAACUGUUCAACGUCCUCAUUGAAGUUCAACAGCCUAACAACAGUGGUGGCUACGAUGCAAACAACAAAAACAACAACAAACACAGUAGUAGUAAUAAUAAUAAUAAUAUUAAUAAUAAUAAUAAUAGAAAUAAUAAAAUCCAAGAAAAACCAUACAUCAUACCCCAGUUAAUAUUGAAUGAGUUCUUCAGAGCCGACAUCACCAAAGUUAAAUAUUUCACUCAUUCGUUUGUGCACGCCAAAUUUUCGCCGACACUUCCUGAUAGAUGUUCACCAUCCCCGUCUUCGUCAUCUUCGACGACGUUGUUUCAGUCAGUCAGAAAGGUAGUAUUGGCCCAAGGGAAAGCUGACUUCAUGAUAGAUUCAUUGAUAUUCGACAGACUGACUAACAAGUACCGUGAAAGAAAUUCAUCGUCAUUUAUAACUGACGACGGUGAGGAGGAGGAUACUGGCGGCGAGAAUGCAGGAUUCAACGAGAAGAGGAAUGAUCUUUCCUACGUCAAUAAGAAGCUGUUCAACAACCGCAAAAGUAUGACAACUAAUCGCAACAACAAUAACGUUCAAUUGACCAGCAACAACAACAACAACAACAACAAUGCUUACCAGAAAAUUCGCAACAUCACACCUCUUGAAACGGCCAUGUUCGUUGCAGUGGUCAUAUUUUGCGUCAUAGUGGUUGGCCUGCUCAUCCACUGGGUGGUUGGAACGGCAUGCAAGAGGCGUACACUUAAGGUGAAGGACAGUGCCGGGGUUGGUAGCGGUGGGGUAUGCGGUGUCGAAAAUGAUUGGGUCUGGAUCGGCCACAAAACAUUAGAGAAAAAUUUGGUGCAGACAACUUGCUUGGCAACACUAAUGCCAGAAGAAGACUUCAACAGUUCCAUGAGUGCCGCUGGCGGAGGAGGAGGAUUGGGUGGCUGUCUGAACAGUGGUGUCAACUGCGGAGGUAAUGGCAUCUGUGGUGAUGAACCUCCUCCCCUGCCACCUAGGGAAUGGAAGCGUAGUGAGAAAAGUUGCGGAGAUUUUCAACAUCAGCAGCAACAAAUGCUACUACUGAGUCGACAUAACAGACAUAAGAAGAAGCUACUAUUACAGCAGCAACAACAACAUCAACAACAACUUGACAGUGAGAACAACAACGGCAGCCAUCUUGUUCAGAACCACCAUCUUAGGACCAGUGACAAGAGGAGAACCCUAUCAUCCGCCGAAGAUUUUCGGCUUCCCGUUCCCCCAAAACCAGCCCGAUCCAUGCGGUUGUCGUCCUCAUCUUCUUCAUCCAACAUGGCCGCCAAGAUACCCGAUGCAUAUUUCAUUAACAAUUUGAAUAGCAAGCCCCAAACGAGCAGUAUAUUAAUGAAGAAUAACAACUUCAACAAUAAUAAUAAUUUGCUGAAUAAUACUAACAGCGGCCACCUUAUAAAUUGUGUUCAUGGCGUCAGCAGCACCAGCAGCAACAACAACAGCAGUUCAGUCGAGGCAAAGUUUUUAACUGAUCUCAACAACUACGGCAUCAUAUCUUCCGCCGCACCAACCACAAACAUCAUCAACAACAACAACAACAAUCUGAUGACAUCCACAAAUGACAACAUUCUGUUAAUGGGAGCUGGAGGAGGAGUUUAUUCCAGUGAGAUGCAUAAUAAUGAGAUGAAUUCAACCAAUCAGCAACAGCAGGAGGUGUGGCUUAAAAAGUCAUCAGCCAGUGAGCUCACAGCUUCGAGGAAAGCCCAGCGAAUCAGGAGACUUGAAGAGGCUGCUGCAGCCAGUGGCUCUGAUGUCGACUUCGAGUGUGCAUCCAUGGAGGAGGAGAAGUUUGUUAAAUAUCUAGAGAGUCUGAAGGAAACAUCUGCCUGA